UGCUGCUGCCAGUCCAGAGUCUCUCAUGGGUCCCUGUACGGCCUCCCAUUGCUGCUGUCUCCAUCGCCACACUCUGUCCAUGUGCACUUUCAGUUCUCCUCACACUGCUAGGUGUGUAAAAUCUUUUUGACAUAGGGUGCUGGCAAGAUACGGGCCCUCCUAUAGCUGCUGCCAGGCCCCUAAUCUGCCAUGGGCCCCUAUAUACCGCCUCCUCAUGCUGCUGGCCCAGGUCCAGAGUCUCUCAUGGUCCCUGUACGGCCUCCCAUUGCUGCUGUCUCCAUCGCCACACUCUGCCAUGUGCCACAUUCAGGUCUCUUCACACUGCUGGUGUGUAAAAUUUUUUGAC